UUUUUACGGGUAUUAUAAUAAAGUUUUGUUAUUACGUUCACACAGCUGACAUUACAGUGAAAAAUGACUGGGAACUCUGGAACAUUGAGCUAAGAAAGUUUACAACAGUCAUGGUGAAAUUAAAAAGCCCCCCUCCCUCCUGUUGUUUAGCAGUACCUUUUGCUAAAAAACAGGGGGCGGUAGACUGUUAUUUUAUGUUUGCCCUCCUGCACAAGGUUACUUUAGGAUGCAUAUUGCAUAACAGCAUGCAUACUGCAUAAGCAUGCAGCACGAAGAUGGUUCCCGUUUUGGGUGUUUUAAAAUAUUCAUUUAAAUCUAAAAGAUUUUAAUGCACUUUUCCUUUCUCUCCCCCCCCCCAAUAUUUAAUAAAAACAAAGGACUGGAGAUUCCACUGGGUGUAGAGACGAUUUUAAACAGAGAAAACAGUCAAAUGUCUGAUUUUUCAAUUUAAUACAGCAACAUAAUCCAAAUGAAGAAUAGAAAUAACAGCUCCUAAAGAUGUCUAAAGUUGACCCUUGAUUUUGCUACUGUCUGGAGAAUUUCUGCUGAUUUAAUCACUGUUCUUUGGACAGAGUUGCUGAAUCUGCAGAGGUCAUGCGUCAAUAUAUCCACAUUUCAACAGGAGACAGAUAGGGACUGCUUUUUUUUAUUAUUAUUUAAACAAUAAAUAGACCAGGAUGGACCUCCUGGAAGCGCCAAGGCUGAAAUCUUACGCCACAGUGGAGAGGAGAAGGGAUGCUGCCUUCACGUGCUGUGGGAAUCUUUAGGAGCUAGAGAUGGACAUGCGAAAACACAAACAAAAUAGGAAGAUGUUGGUUAGAAUACUGUUGUAAAUAAUUAUAUAUGAGCUUAUUUAUAAAUACAUAAUAAGAGUUUUAUAUUAUCAGCACUAAUUUAGAGUCUGGUGUUAUUUUUUUCAGUUUAUUGUGAGGUGCCAGGGUCAAAUUGACGGAAAAAAAAAAACAACAAAACUAUAGGGACAUUCACCCCACCGAGCAAAAUUGUCACAACAUUGCAGUCUACACACUACAAUUAUUUUUGGCAAAAUCCCUUUAAAAUAACUUUCAAACUGUUCUGAUUUGUGUAAUGAGAGAAACAAAGCAGAAAAGUUUGGAUAUCAGCACCAAAUAUUUUUGGUUUGAAUAGUCGCCUAUUUUCAUAUAACAGGUACAGGUAUUGUAUAUCUACACCUGUUAUGCACACUUUUGCAUAACAGGUUAAUUUAAUGAAAAACAUAAUAAGAUUGUGCAUUUAAUUUUUUGAUGAUAUGUGCAAAUAUAUUAGACUAGUUAUAGAUCUUCCAACAUCCAUGUCCAAUAAAAAAAAUGCAAGUUUGCAUCAUUAGUCCAUGAUCAGUGCUAUUGAGUAAAAAACGUAUUUAUUUUUCUUUGUCUUUGUCUUUAGUCCGUUUCUUCAAUAACUGUUUUCAUCGUUUUAUAUUUCUGCAUUCUUCCCCUUUAGUUGUUUAAGUUCUCCCUUCCCAGGUGAGACUGAUUAGUUCUUUAGUUGUCAGAACUGCGGUGAAGCUCCUGAACGCACCGUGUUCUAGAGUACUAUGGAGGAGAGUUUAGUGAAGGGAAUUCCGGUUCUUUUUUAAGAUCCCAAUGGUUUGGCUCAACUCGAAUCUCCCGAACGGCUCUUUACUUCACAUCUCCUCUAAAUUUCACAUAUGUCAAUGUUCUUAUAGUUAUUUAGUAUGUGUCCAUACCUGCUGCAAAUGUAAAACACUAAUAACACUCCAAGCAUAAAUGAUGUUAUAUAAAUUCUAAAAUAGCUAUCAUUUUAAACCAAUAGCGAAUGAUACAAAAUAAGGUCAAAUCUCACUCCCUAGUGUUGCCUCCAUAAUUACUCCUUCUUCGUUCAUUGUAGCACAUCUAAGAGAAAUAGGUAGAGUGGAUAAAAUAUCCAUAUGAACCCAUUAAGAAGGAAAGUACAUGACGAACUGUCAAUAGUUUGUGUUAUGCAAAUUUUGGCAAUGGCCUUUUGAGGUUUGCUCUCUCUGUGGGGGGUACCAAUGCUUGUCUGCUGGACCCUCACAAUGCGGAAUAAAAAAAUGCAAAGUGAAAUUAAAUGUUACCAUAACUCAUUUCAUCCAAGUAUCUUCAAAGAGUUGCGAUGGUUGGUGAUGUUAUGGCCAAGAAGGAUCUCAGGUAGCAGUCAGUCUUGCAAAGUAUCUGAGGAGGCCUCUGACUGAAGACUGUUGUAUGACAAUCUAAUGAGAGUUAUGGUUUGCUAGCAACUCAAUGUCCAGGCAGUUGAGAUGAUAUUACGCAGUGACAUGUAAUUGGAAAGCAGAGCUAAUCCACUCAUUUGUUUUUUGUCAUUCCUCUUUAAAUCUCUGUCUGGCUGUGUGGUCAGAAAACCAUUGGAGUAGGGGAUAAUCAUUACCCAUCAUGUUCAACAAAAGGGAUGGUUUGAACUUUCUCCUUCUCUCUCUGAAGCCUCUUUCCAACUUCUGGGAUUUCAGGUGAUGCCGAUGCUAAUCAGCUGCUCCCAUUUGUAAAAACAACACACUGUUGUCCCGGUUACACGCCAUAACAACUGUCUGAAAGCAAAAAACGUAAAACCAUAAAACCUUCUAGAUGCACAGCAUUAAAACCAGAGGGAAUAAUAAUCCAAACAAGCAAUGCCUCAACAAAAACAGUUACCCACGUAAGUCCAAAAUGCUCGACUAUGAGCUGGACUACAUUCUAGAAAAUGCUUCAAAUAUUGUGUAAUCAGUUGACAUGAGUUUCAGCUUUUGAGUCAAAUUACUGAAAUUAAACGAUUUAAAAAAAAGAUAUUCGAAUUGUUACAUCCCCGAGCUUAGGUUGUGUUGGGAUAAUUUUUUCUCUUCGUGACAUUAGGAACGAAGUAGAACGUUCGCGGAGAUGAGCCGGCACGUCGAAUCGGCUCGGUCACGGACUCCUCUCAAAGUGAGCGACUGUGCGGCUCCACGGUAGCAGCUCCGCUUCGCACUUCCAGCCGCCAGAGAGCCGAGCUGAGCAGAGCAGGGCCGCCGGGGGUGGGAGGACAGACGCCUGGGCUCCGUGCGCUGUGAUGUGCAGCAGAUGGGAUUAACCCGCUCAGACAGCUCUGGGAAACGCUGAUAGUAGUAGCGGUAGUAGUGGAGGAGAGCAGGGAGGUGGCGGAGGAGGGGGGGAGCCCCGCGUAAAAGCUGCGCCGCACGUGGAAAACUUGCGCUGUUCCGUCCCUUGGAGAGAAAACAAGCUUCCAAAAAAAAACAGACGCCAACAAACAGACCCGGGUCCAGACUCGCAGCAGCCGUCCGGAUCGACCUCUAGCACUCCUCGCGCACAUGCCUGCUGUGUUGAUGUGGAGGAGAGGGGGUCAGCGGACCGGGGAGCAUGUUUGAAUCAUCUCGCUGAAAGUUGCAGGGGAAACCCAAUUCCAGCUGACCAUCUCGCUUGCUUUUCUUUUUUUGUUGUUGUUUAGUUUUUUUUUUUCUUUUUUGUUGUUUUGCUUUGGUGGAAACCUAAACUCGAUGGAGGGCCAAGCGGGCGAGCUGCACGGCAACGAGGACGUGCGCAAGAGCGGCUACCUCCGCAAGCAGAAGUCCAUGCACCGGCGCUACUUCGUGCUGCGCGCCGCCUCGGAGCGCGGUCCGGCCCGCCUGGAGUACUACGAGAGCGAGAAGAAGUUCCGCGGCAAGGCCCCCGUCCCGAAGAAGGCGGUGGCGCUGGAGACGUGCUUCAACAUCAACAAGCGGGCCGACUCCAAGAACAAGCACAUGAUCGUGCUGUACACCCGGGCGGAGAGCUUCGUCGUGGCCGCGGAGAACGAGGAGGACCAGGACGAGUGGUUCCAGGCCAUGGUGGAGCUGCAGUGCAAAAGUAAAAAUCCUAAUGACAGUGCGAGUUCAGGGGACUACGGAGCGCCAAAUCCAGGACCUGCAUUCAAAGAAGUUUGGCAAGUGAAGGUGUGGCCUAAAGGCCUGGGUCAGCUCAAGAACCUGGUGGGCAUCUAUCGCCUUUGCCUUACUGAAAAGACGGUAAACUUUGUGAAGCUGAACUCCGACGCAGCCGCUGUGGUGCUCCAGCUGAUGAACGUCAGGCGUUGCGGACAUUCAGAAAACUUUUUCUUUGUCGAGGUGGGACGCUCUGCUGUGACGGGCCCCGGCGAGUUUUGGAUGCAGGUCGAUGAUUCUGUGGUGGCCCAGAACAUGCAUGAAACCUUGCUGGAGGCCAUGAAAGCCCUGAGUGAGGAGUUUCGCCAGCGCACAAAGUCUCAGUCAAACUCUGGUCCUGGAGGAGGUGCCACAGCUUCCAAUCCUAUCAGUGUUCCUUCUCGCCGCCACCAUCCCAAUCCCCCUCCAAGCCAGGUGGGCUUCCUCCGCCGUCCCCGAACUGAGCCUACCUUAGGUGCUAACGUGGGAGCUCCAUUAGGCAGUUCCAGUGCCUCUCCCACACCUCGGCACAGCUUCCCGAGGUCCCGCACCGCCAGUGAUGGAGGGAAAAGUGAAGAUGGGAUAGCAGGAUCCACUCCGCUACACGGUGUAAACACAAGUCCUUCUACCAAUGGCUCCUGCUCUACCACCCCAAUCCUCAGGUCAAAGUCAGCCCGCUCAGUCCCAACCACAGCUGCUAAAAUUCCUUUUGGGUUGAUGCGUUCCAUUUCAACUCCAACCCCAUCCCCAUCACCAGCCCCAAGUCUCUCGUCCAGCUCUGGGCAUGGAUCUGAGUUUGGAGGUAUCACAUCUGCUGGUCCUGUUCCAGGGUCUGGUGCUUAUACUCGUGUAGCCUCUCAUCAUACCUCAGUCUCGUGCUCACCCAGUGAUUACGGCUCCUCAGAUGAGUAUGGUUCCAGUCCUGGAGAUCACACGGUUCUACCCUCUCCAAGCCUGCCAGGAAGCUCUAUCAGCAGCACUGGCAGCCAGUGCCUUGGUGAGGAUGGAGCAAAUUACAUCCUAAUGGGUCAACGAGGUGGGACCAGCAGUAGUAUCAGCAACAGUAAUCAAGUCAACAUGAUGUCCAGCUCCCAGCCUGUGCCAGGAACACCAACUAAUGGCUCACUGCCCCAGACUAGGAGAGUACUGCGUCGAUCUUCUAGCCGUGAAUGUGAGGCUGAACGCAGGCUUCUGAGUAAGCGUGCAUCUUUGCCUCCUAUGGCCCUGGAAAGACUGGCCCCACACCAGCGCAGAGCUGAGGAACCUACAGAUGAAGAUUCAGCUGAUUAUGCCAUUAUGUCAAGGAGCACCAGUCGGGAGUCCUUUGCAUCUACCUGCUCAUCUAUUCAAAGGGAAUCAACCUUAGGCUCUUGUGUAGGGGGAGGAGGGUACUUGGAUGUAGCAGGAGAGUUAAAAACUGAUGGUGGUCCAGGAGCAGUUGCAGGUGUGGACAAUGGGUACAUGUCCAUGCUACCAGGAGUCACCCAGCCUCCUGUUUCCUCAUGUCAGACAAUGACUGUGUGUGUUCCAGAAUCAGAUUUCAAACCUGCUGAUGACUACAUGGCCAUGACCCCCAACAAUAGCGUGUCUCCCCCGCAGCAGAUUCGUCCCCUGCCGGUGUCUGACGGCUAUAUGAUAAUGUCGCCCAACAGCAGUUGCUCCCCUGACCAGCGUGGAAGCCUCUCUGAAGGUGCUUGGGUUGGCAGUGCCGAUAGCAGAGCUGGUAGCGACUACAUGAACAUGUCUCCUAUUAGUGCACCUUCUGUGAAUGGCAGUCCCCCUCAAAAUGAGCACACCUGCCAUUUAGAUACCAGUUUGCAACAGCCGCCUCCAAAGAUGGUGUAUUCCUAUUAUUCCCUUCCCAGAUCGUACAAACAUAAUCCCACUUCUGGGCUUUUUGAUGAUGGGCCCGGACGAGGUAGACGCCCCAAUGGGAACUGUAGCAGAGGAGGAGGUGGCAGCAGAAACUCAGGGGGGCAUCUAGAGCAACCAAUUGGCAGUUCAGGUAUUGGACGGCACCAAUCACUCUCUUCAUCCUCAUACUCCUCCAGCUCAGCUAGCAGUGAGAGUCUUGGAGAGAACGAUGACAGGACUAACCAGGCUCUGGGUAAUGUGACAACUGGAUCACAGCCCAAAGAGGUGAGCAAGAUUACUCAGAGACGGGGCUCUGGUGGGUUAACAAAGCAAGGUAGCCACUUUAGAAGCAGACCAGUAAGCCUGUUUGUAGAUGUAUCUAAGGCCAACACUCUUCCUAGGGUUCGUGAGAAUCCCUUGCCCCCAGAACCUAAGAGCCCUGGAGAGUAUGUAAGCAUUGAAUUUAAAGGGGAGCAGUGCAGCCAGACUGGUGUAGGAGUUGGGCGAGGUAGAGGACUGAGACAUGGAUCAUUGCUGAAUCAUGGCUCAAGUCACCAGCAUUCUCAAAACAGACCAGCUCCAUCUCUAGAAACCUUUAUUCCCCUGUUUCAUAGUCCUUCUGCCCCUGUCUCUCCACCAACUCCAUCAGAGUACGUCAACAUGGACCCUGGCUCUUCACCAUCCCCUUCCCCCCAUUCCAAUACCCAGUUAGUUUUUCCACCUUUCCACACCCCUCCCACACCCCCAGUUCUUGCUCAUGCCCCUAAAACCUGUACGGAAGGUACUGAUAGUCUGUGUCAAGGAACUGUUGAAGUUGCUGAGCCACCUCUUCGGAAAAGCAGAGACAGUGUUCCCUCAGUGAUUGAGACAGAGUCUCCUACAUCCUGUGGAGACUACACAGAGAUGGCUUUCAGCUUGAGCAACAAUACUGCCCCUCGGUCAUCACCAAGUGUCUCCCCCAAAGUCCCCUCUCCUACAAGAACUGAUCCUUCUGUUUCAGUGCUCUCCCGGGGUCUAGACUUCCCUCUAAGCAAAUCAGGACUGAACCCAGACCAGGGUGCUAAAGUAAUCCGUGCUGAUCCCCAAGGACGCAGGCGGCACUGCUCGGAAACCUUUGUGGCCACACCCUCCCUGUCCACCUCUGCUUCUACUUCUUCUUCUACUGCCUCCCUCUUUCCAGAGCACAGCCAGGCUGUUUCCCGCCGCCUCGGCUUUGAGAGCAUGUUGUGGGGGAACGGUGCCGUCACUGAUCCUCCAACUCAAUUUCCACUCCCUGCACAGCAGUCACUUCCCACAAACAAUCAGACAUUAUCCACAGAGCAGGGUCUUAACUACAUAGACUUGGACUUGGUCAACAAAGAGAGUCCCCACGCUGGCCUGGAAGGUGCCACAGGAGGCCAGCCCCAAUCUCGGCUGUUCUCUGUUCUUGGUUCGGGCUCCAUGGUUGGGGGAAUGGGGGCAUCAGCUGGAGGGAGCAGCAGUUCAAGCCUCAACACGUACGCCAGCAUUGACUUCUACAAAUCCGAGGAGCUACGGACACAUCAGAACGGGAACAAAGAGGGAACAGAGUGCUGAUGUCAGCGAUUCAUCCUCGGAGAGACAAUCUGGUAUCACUCAAAGCGCUUCGAUGCUCCACCUUUUCCUCCUCUGACAGCCAAUCAGACGGACAGAGCUGCUGGAUUGGACGCAACCCUGAAGCACUUUGACAUAAACUGAUGGAAAAUGUCUUUUUUUGUUUGUUUUUUUCCUCUUCGCUUUCAUCCGGUUGGUUGAGCAAACCUACAGGGAUGUGUGCCAAAUGAUAUUCUUAAAGAGUAAUUCACUGCUCUCAUUUCAUGAAGUGAAAGCCAAUCAGAAGACGGUACCGAAUGGAGAAUAAAGUGGGUUUUUUGUGUGUUUUUCUCUUUUUUUUUUUUAAACCUCUAAUGACAAAAAUGUACAAAUUUGGCUGAGUGGUAUGUUUUAAAAGAAAAAGAAGAAAAUAUAUAAAUCAUAGCUGCUCUAAAAGUGCCUCAUUUUUGUAUUGUAGCCAUUCUAAAAGCUAAAGCUUUGGGUUUUGUUGUUUCAUUCUUGACUUGAUGUAAUUACAACUGAUGGUGCUGAUAGACAUCAGAAGCAUUUUUUUUUUUUUAAACCACCGAUGCGUUCAUGUCAUAUAGGAUCAAUGCAAGAGAUUGGAAAGUUUGAGCUCUAACGACGGAUUUUUAUACACAAAAUAUUUAAAGUUUCUCUAAUCAGAAACAGUCAUGUUUUUAGAAAAUAUGCCAUCUAAAAUUCCAGACAGAUGCUUUGGUUUUAGUACAGUAGGACCUUUGUUGUGCCCUUUCCUCUAAAAAAAAAAAAAAAAAAAAAGAUAUAUAAGCAUGUUAAACUUUUUAAGUUGAUAAUGAGCCACAGCUUGAGUUGAAAAAACAAAUUAAUAUGAUCUGCACAUUUCCUAAUUUUAUUGAAAUUAAAUUUCCAAAGUGACUAAAUGUUAUUUACCUUUAAGUGCAUAUCACCAGUGAUAUCUCAUUAGUAAUACUUAAAAAGACUCAGGGCUGUAUUUUCAUUUAAUAUAUAUGUAUUAUUUUAUUUACUGAGGUGCUAGCUAUUUUGAUUAACAAAGUUUUUGGGUACUUCUGCCACUGCCAGUGUUGACGUUUAUCGGAAGAAAGGAUGUAGAGAAAGUAAAUAAGACAUUCAUCAAAUGAACCCCUUUAAUGCAGAAAAUCAUUGGUUGCCAGUAUCGGCACGUUUCCAACCGUUUAUGUAACUCGUGAAAAUAAGCAUUUGUAAUUCCAAAGAGUCACUUGUUUAUGAGUGGUUAAAAAAGGAGAACUAUCUGUAAUGCACAGAUUUUUGUAAAAAGUAUAUUUUCGUAAUUGUAUGCCAUAAACUUUUUAAUUGGGCAUUUCUAAGUAAAGUUUUAGCAUAUAUGCUAGGACGGAAAUCAGCGCUAUCGCUUAAGAGACAAUUCAACAGUCUAUUCAUUUAUUUAAAUUAGAUUAAUCACGUUUAAUUAACAAACUCGGGUCUUUAUUUUGUUAGAUUUUUCUUUUUUUUUUUUUUUACUGAGAUAUUAUUAGUUUUAAUAAAGAAAAAUAAUUCUGGAAUGUGGCGCUAAUGCAGUCAAAAGAAGAUUUGUAUUUUCUAUUUAUUUUUUAAGUGAUCAGUCAAUACCAAUGUUUGGCACUCUUGGCUUGCCAUACUUUAUUACAGAUUGGACAAGCACUGAAGUUCACCAAGGUGACACAAAUAACUCAUAUUUAGCCAUUCAUAGUUUGAUCUGAAGUUAUAAUGCCUGAAAAUGAGGAGUGACCAGACCUUGUCAGGGUGAGUUAAGACGUGUAUUUUUAACACAUGCCGAUGUGCAUUGCCCAUUUGUCUGUGGGCAUCUAAAACUAAACUUUUCUAAGUUUCUUUAUAGUUUUAUAGGAACUUUGUCAGAAUUUAGAAACAAACUUUGUUUAGCUGUGUCUGCAUGAAAAGUUCUCAACAAAAUAAAAAACUUGCUACAACAAUAACUCCAAUAUGACAUGAAUGCAAAUAUAUGUAAACGGUACUCGCAACGUGCUAGCCUUCUUUCCUACUGUGAGAAAUAUUAGCUAAGCUGCCAUUAGCUCUCUGCUAAUCCAUGUGUUGCAUUUUGAUGCUUAUACUUUUCCUCCUGACUUCCUUUUUCUUUUUUUAACUGUUUACUUUCAUAUUUGCUGUUCGGUGAGCCAUAAAUGAAAAGUGUUCAAAUCCACAGGCUUGAAAGAAAAUGGCACUUGUAGCAGGGAAUAGUGUAGCUUGCUCGCUAGCUUAAAGCCAGCUGGCUCAGAUUAGCAUAUUAGCCUGGACAUAAAUUCACUGUCCUGCUGACCACAACCAGGGUUAGACCCCCUGAUAUAUAGCGACACAAUCCCAUUAGUGCUAUUAGCUUUAGACAGUCGCUUAAUCCCGUUCAUCUCAGGAUGCUAAAUAACAAACAGUACACAGAGCCGAGGACACUGUCCCUGUCAAUAGCCAUGAUUAUGCUAACUUUGUAUGCUCAGCAAAUAUUGAUUUUAGCAUCUGUAAAUGGGCUAGGACUCGUUUUGCUUUUGCAUAAAUCUGACAGCCAAGUUGUUCUCAGUUGUUAAUGUACAGCACCAAUCUGUUUUAGGAUGUUUCAUUUGUCUUUUUAAACUGAUCAAAGUGAAAGUGCUUUAGCCUCUAAAUCCUGCUUAACGACUCCUUCUUUUUCUCCCUUUCCUUUCCUCUUCGCUUGCCUCUUUACUUUAAUCUUCGCUAUGCAUAAGCGCUGAAGUGCCUGUCCUAUUUCCUAAUCUGUCCUUCUCUUUCUCUCUGCCCCAUUUUAGCACAUAGCACUAAUACAUUUGUCAUAGCAGAGUAUAACAUGUCUAUUUUUGUGUCUAUUUCUCGGCUGUACAGUUGUGGCAGAAAAGUAACUUGCUUCAGUUUGUUCUGUGUAAAAUUCAUCUGUCAGCGGUCGUGGUCUUGAUCCCAGGAUCCGAGGACUUGAUCAUCACGUUGUCAGCAGUGCCAAAACACAGCAGCAGCAACAUCGUGCUGCUCCUGUCUCCGACACCACCUCAAGAAGCAACCUUCAGUACUCAAUUUUGGACACUUUGCUUUGUUUUAUGAUUGAAAUGUACAUUUUGAUUGUUUUGCAUUCUGUCGCUGUUUGGCUGGAGGCUACUCUCGCAUAUCUCUGCCCACAGUCGGCUGAUGAGGCUCUCUCUCUGAGAUAAAGGUCACUGUGGGAGACUUGUGUAUGCGUUAACCUUGAAUUUGCCUAUGACUUUGACUGGAGGCUUGUAAAAAAAAAUGCAUGGAGAGAAAGAAAAGGCCACCAUGGAGAUAUACAACUUAAGUCAGAAUACAUAUGUCUGUUUAGUAUAAGCCUUUCUUAAUAAUUCAUACCAAUUGAAGUUUUUCAUAUUUUUUUGCUGUUACAACCUCAAACUUUGAGUAUGUUUUACUGGGGGUUUUAUGUAGCACAGCAUCACAAAAUAUUUCAUAACCAUAAACUGAAAGACAAAACAGUUUUCAGGAUUUCUUAAAGAUGAAAUUGAGAAAAGUGCAGCAUGGGUUUUUUCUCAGCAUGGUAGGGGAACACGUUGAAGCUUUGAUGUGAACAUCAGUGAUUUAUUGGAGUUUGGUCUGGACCACUUUGAUACGUAGAUACGCUUUGAUUUGAUUUAAACCGAUUUAAACAAUUGUUGCUCUGGCAACAGUAUUUAUGGUGUUCUUGCUUGAAGGGGAACCUCCGUCUCAAAGUUUUUCUACAUCUAGUAGAUUUCUCUGCAUUUUGCUCCAUCACCUUUAAAUCAACACAGAUCAGAUUCACUGACCCUGCUGAAGAAAAGCAUGCCCACAGUAUUAUGCUGCCACCGCCAUGUUCCACAGUGGUUUGCUCAGGAAUUGCAGUGUUAGUUUUCCACCACACACUGACAUUUAAUUGCACACGCUACAUUUCCUUACUAAUUAAGGACUUGUAAAGGCAAAUGGCUGCACUGGAUUUAAUUUAGGGACAUUGAAUGAUGAAGGGGUGUGUAUGUGUGUGUAAAUGCAUAGAACAUUUUUAUUACAUUUGUUAUUUGGAAGUUUAUGGCGGUCCAUCACGCUGAAUCCCAAGUAAAACACAUUAGAGUUUGUGGUUGUAACAUGAAAUGUAU